AUGUCAUAUAACCCGCAAGCCAAGAUCGGCCAAGAUGGGCCAAAUCGUGCCAAAUCGUGCCAAUCUGGCCCGUCAGACAGAUGCACGGCGACUUCUCGGCACCGACAAACGGUCAACGGCCAACGGCUCGCGCGCGAAACCUGCAUCGAGCAUCGAUUUGUGCGUCGCCCCCGUUUCCGGCUAUUGUCAGACUUGGUUUACUGCGGAAGCCAUCCUGGAGGCCUCGACACCUGGACCAACCAACGACUCACACGCACGACUAACAACGCACGACCAACAACGCAUCAGCCACUCUAG